AUGUACGUGGACCUGAACGUACGCGCCACUGCGCGGGUCUCCGCGCGCGAGCUCCAGCGAUUGGGGUACGCGUGCGUGUGCGUCAAUGUCGACUGCGAUGGCUCUGCACAGCAGCUCAAGUCUGUAACAGCGCUGCCAGCGUUGCCUCCGUCUGCACAGGAAGAGAGACAUGACAAGGUGGCGAAGAAGGCCAAGCUCUACACGGCUGUGGUGGGGAAGGGGUUGCAGCUGAAAGACGUCGAGACAGGAGAUUCAAACGAGCUGCCGAGACAGCGCAAGCGCAUUACGCUCAAGAUUGAGGAAGUAGCAGAUGCGCAAAGACUGAUUGGAUUGGAUGUGGUCAAGGGAUACGACGUUGUGGCGGUCGAAGCAAUGACGCUGAAGGUCUUCCAGUUUCUGUGUGAACAGGCCGACAUUGAUUUGAUCACGUUCGAUGUGACGAACCGGAUACCGUUCCAGAUCAAGCGUCCACUGAUUGCGGCUGCUGUCAAGCGUGGGGUAUAUUUUGAGAUCACGUACGUGCCGUGUUUGGGCGACAGCGCUGGGCGAAGGUACUUCUUCUCCAACGCAAGCCACCUGGUCCGCCUCACAGGCGGCAAAAACCUGGUGUUCUCCAGCGGUGCAACGCGCGAUAUUCUACUUCGUUCGCCGUACGACGUCAUUAACAUUGGCCUCUUGUCGGGACUCAAGUAUGGCCAAGCGCGUGACGCGAUUUCCACCUCGUGCUUGGCAGUGCUGGAGCACGCAGACCGUCGCCGAGGAAUCAUUGGAGGCGUCCAAGUCGAAGUCACCAAGAACAGAGCCAUAGAGUCAGAUUGUCCUGUUGGCUCGUAA